AAUUAAGGUGUCCUCAAGGAACCUUUUCAAGAGCCAAACAAUUGUUUUAGCCCAACACAUGAUGAACAUGCUGAAUGUGUUUACAUAUUGACUGCAACCCGUGAGCGAAGAUCAAAUCACAAACAUAAAAUUAUCUCCGGAAACAUUUUCUCAUUUUAAAUGAGAUUUGAGAGAGUAAAGCUUAGUCGUGUGUCGUUAAAGCUAGAAAGUGGUCGGAAAAUUUAUUUUGUGUCGAUGGAAAUUUUAAAAUUAUAAAUAAAUCAUUUUUAAGUGACAAUUUAUCAUGAAGACCUGGAUUAUUUUACUUGUUUCUGUAUUUUGUGGUGUUGCACAUGCUAAAAAGGAGAUUUUGGUUGGCGGCAUCUUCCAUGGAGAUGAUGAAUUAUCGCAAAAGGUCUUCAAAUCUACAUUUGAGUCAAUCAACAAUCUACAGUACAAGUACAAAUUUACGGCACACAUGUUCAACAUUACGAGAACUGAUUCACUGAAGGCACAGGAUAUUGUCUGCAACCUCUCCAAAAAGGGUGUUAUGGCAAUUUUCGGACCAAGUUCAGUUGAAACUUCAGGCAUCGUCUCAUCACUUGCUGAAAGACUUGAAAUACCACACCUAAUCUACCACUGGAAGACAAAGCCACGACAACGAGUUGAGUAUGAAGAUCCAAAAAUGACUCUCAAUUUCUAUCCAGACUCAGAUGCUAUAGCAAAGACAUUAGCGGGAAUUCUCAUCGACUACACAUGGAAAAGUUACACAAUUAUUUAUGAAAAUGAAGAGAAUCUUUUGAGACUUAAGGAUAUCUUGCAAGUUCAUCAACCUAAUGGCGACAAUCUAGUCACAAUGAUGAAAUUAGAAGAUGAAAAUUAUGCGAUUUUAAUGAAAAAAGUGAAAUACAAUCAAGUCAAAAAUGUCAUUUUGGACAUCAGCAUUGACAAGAUUCUUCCACUUUUUGAAGCUGCUAAGCUUGUCGGAAUGACUGGCGAUUACCAUAGAUAUUUUUUGACAAAUCUUGACUCUGCGACUUUGAAUUUUAGGGACAUAACUGAGUCUUUGGUUAAUAUAACAACAAUAAGGUUGAGCAAUGUUUCUAGUGGAUUUAUGGAUGAUGCAUUAAGGAACAUCAAUGGAUAUGGUGAAUCCAGCAUUGAAGCCUCUAAAAUCCCUUUGGAGUCAGCACUUAUCCAUGAUGCAAUCCAUUUCUUUGUCAACGCUCUCGACUUUUAUGUUGAAAAUCCAAGAAAUGCCAGAAUGAAAGCUAAAAGCUGCACAGAAGUACAAGAUAUAAGUGGAAGGACUCAACAGUCUUUUGGGUAUGGAUUGAUGGAGUUCAUGAGAGCACGUGAAUACACCGGAAUUACAGGACAAAUUGAGUUUUUUAAAGGAAAUAUCACACAAAAAAGAGGAUCAAGAACUGAACUGUCACUUGACAUUUUGGCAUUUUCAAGAGAAUCAUCAAAUUUCCAUAAAAUUGCACUUUUUGACUCGACUAGUGGCAUGAUCUAUGACUACUCGGAAAGUGACAAUGAGGAGAAAAUAUAUGCAGCAAUUCAGAACAAGACUUUUAUCAUCACAACCCGAGCGGAACCACCAUUUUUAUUCCACAAUACAGUCGAUAAAGAUGGAAUGCCACUGGAAGGAAAUGCUCAAUUUUCAGGCUAUGCUGUUGACUUGAUUAAAAGAAUUCAAGGAAAUUUUCAAUUUAAGUAUUACUUUCAACUUGUCGAAGAUGGAAAAAAUGGAAAUUUUGAUGCUGCAAAAGGUGAAUGGAAUGGAUUAAUUGGAGAGAUUCUUAAAAAUCGAGCAGACCUGGCAAUUGCUGACAUCACAAUCACAUGUGAUCGUAAAAAAGUCGUUGACUUUACAACGCCAUUCAUGAAUCUAGGAAUCAGCAUUUUGUACACAAAGCCAAAGCCAAAAGAGAAAAAUCUUUUCUCGUUCUUCGAUCCAUUUACAACGGAUGUGUGGAUAUACACUGGACUAGCUUACAUUUUCAUAUCAAUUCUUGUGUUUGUACUGUCGAGAGUCAAUAAUGAUGACUGGGAAUCAUCACAUCCUUGCAAUCAAGACCCUGAUGAAGUUGAAAGCAUUUGGAAUAUUUUGAACUGUGUCUGGCUGAUGAUGGGCAGUAUAAUGGGUCAGGGAUCGGAUAUUUUACCAAAAGGAUCAUCAACACGCAUUGUGACUGGACUGUGGUGGUUCUUUGCUCUUAUUAUGCUUGCUUCUUACACUGCGAAUCUUGCUGCUUUUUUAACAUCUGAUCGUUUGACUUCAUCCAUUAACGGUGCUGAAGAUCUCGCAAAACAAGUUAAGAUCAAGUACGGUGCAGUCAAAGAAGGGUCAACAGCGAGAUUCUUUCAGUUCAGCAAUUACAGCACUUACCAAAGAAUGUGGGCAACAAUGGAAAGGAACGGUGACAUCUUCAACCCAAAAUCAAACGACGAAGGUGUCAACAAAGUCGAAAAAGACAACGGGGAUUAUGCAUUUAUGAUGGAGUCAGUUCCAAUGGAGUACCAGACACAGAGAAAAUGUACACUCAUGCAAGUUGGAGAGUGGCUGGAUAGUAAAGGUUAUGGAAUUGCACUGCCAUUGGAGUCACCGUACCGAAAGUUUUUCAGUACACAAAUCUUGAAGCUUCAGGAAAGUGGUGUGCUGGCUAAACUCAAGGAAGAUUGGUGGAGGGCACCAGUUGGAGAAGAAUGUAAACCAAUUGAAGUGCCGCACGAUGAUCUCGAUAUUGGAAAUGUUGGUGGUGUUUUCUUACUUCUACUUGGUGGAUGCUUAGUGGCAUUACUCAUUGCAAUCAUUGAAUUCUCAAUGAAUGUCCAAGAAGUCGCGAUCAACGAGAAGAUAACACACUGGGAUGCCCUCAAAUCAGAGCUUGCAUUUGCCUUCAACUUUAGAAUUUUAACCAAACCAGUUCGAUCAAAUUCAACUGAAAUAAUUAGUCGAAAAUCAACACCACCAAGGUCGAUGAAGUCACGAUCACGCUUUGGUUCUGAAAAGAACUUAAAGAUAAAACCAACCAGAAGUGUCAGCCUUGACAGUAGAGCGAUUGAACCAAAGUCAAAGAGCUUAUUUGACUUGCAUUUUACUAGUGAAAAGAAGGGAAAGAUUAGCACACUUUUUUAAAUCAUAGCUUAAAAGUGUAGGAGAGUGAAUUUAGUGUAUUUAAGGUCAGUUCUUCUCAAACUGUGGUAUUCGAUAGGGUAUUGAGAGAGUUUGUAAUCACGAGAAUGAGAUGCUUUAUUUAAAUAGAAAUGGGAUAUGGAACAGUAGAGAUCAACCUUUGGGCCAUGACACCACAAAAAGUCUCAGUUGUGACUUGGCAUUUUAGGUUGAUCAACACUGGUUUCAAUUAUUCACAAAUUAGUGUUUAGAUAAUGGCAGAGCUGUAGCAAGAGGGAAAUGAGGGUCUGGUGGUGGAACUGGUCUGAUGUGGGAAAGAGUCUAAAGCCUUUACACAGGUCUAAAGGGGUUCGAUUGGAAAUGACUCCUCUCUUCAGUUAUGCCCCAUUGGUGGGGUUUUGGGAAUAAAACUAGAUCUACACGUACCUUUAGCCUUAAUGUACACAAAUGAUGCAUCUGUGACUAGAUGUAAGUGCAGGGUUAAUUGGAGAUGUAAGCGUAUACCUAUGUAUCCCAUCCAUGGUCCCACGUUAAGUUAAUCACAGUAAAGACAGUUUGAGAACCACUGACUUUAAUGUUUUGUAUUAAUUUAGAAUAAAACUAAUUUUUUGUGGGAUUUUUCAGGGAGUGUCUAGCUGUAUUUUAGCUCAAUAAAUUAUUUUAAAACUUGA